AAGGAAUAUUUAAAAUAUAUAAAAAGUAUUUUAAAAACGCUACAACAGUCUUUUAGAUAUGUGGGAAAUUAAUAAACGGUGUGAGAGGAAUGUACUUGUGCUGGAGACAGCUCUAUACGGAUGUGAGGUGAUCUUGCGCCAAAGUGACUGCGCAGUAGACCGGAUGUGGAGGAAAAACGUAGUGCAUUUUCUCUGGAAAGAAAAUAUUGUGAAUUUUAAUCAUAAUGAACGAGUUAGAGAAACUAGAACAUCUUUCUUUGGUAUCUAAAGUAUGCACUGAGUUGGACAAUCAUUUAGGUCUAAAUGAUAAGGAUUUGGCUGAGUUUAUCAUUUCCUUGGCAGAGAAAAACAACACCUAUGAAAGUUUCAAGAAAACACUGGAUGAAAAUGGGGCAGAGUUUCCCGAGUCAUUCACAGCAAACCUGCUGCGUCUUAUACAACACAUGAAGCCCAAGAAAAAAGAAGUUGAAGGUGAUGGAGAAGUGGAAGACAAAGUGCUGAAGAAGAAACUAUUUCCAGGACUUGCAAUACCAGAUGAUCCCAGUGUAAGGAACAUGCUGGCCAGUGACCACAAACCAGUCCCGACCAGUGACCAGAAGCCAGCAGCUCCAGCAAGUGACCAGCAGGUGGCUGAUGAUAUGCUGGGAGAGUUAGAGGCUAUGUUCUCCAGUGAGAAGAAGGAAAACAAGCCAGAUAUCUCCAAGCCAAAACACAGAUCCAGGAGUAGAGACAGAGAUCGUAAAAAGAAACACAGGUCUCGCAGCCGUUCAAGAGACAGAAAAAGAGAUCGCAAAAGAUCAAGAAGUCGCUCCAGAGACAGAUACAGGGACAGGAAGAAAAGAUCGCGCUCUAGAUCCAGAAGUCGUGACAGGAAAAGACGUGAGCGCUCCAGAUCUCGUAGUCGUGACAGGUACAGAGAUGAGUCGAAGAAGAGAGAUCGACACAGAGAGAAAGAAGUAGAACUGCCUCUGGAACCCAUUCCUGGGAUGAUCUGUAAUGGCAAGGUGACUUCCAUUAUGCAGUUUGGAGCAUUUGUCCAGUUGGAAGGGCUGAGAAAGAGAUGGGAAGGUCUGGUUCAUAUAUCACAGCUGCGUAGAGAAGGCAGGGUGAUCAAUGUGUCUGAUGUGGUCAGCAAAGGUCAAAGGGUCAAGGUCAAGGUUCUCUCAUUUACUGGACAGAAGACCAGUUUGUCCAUGAAGGAUGUGGAUCAGGACACGGGAGAAGACCUGAACCCCAGCAAGACCAGGAUGUUGGGUGGUGAAGUGGACGCUGAUGAUGACACUACAGCCAGAAAUCCUGACCGUCCAUCCACCCUGCCUCUGGUUGACCUGCCAAACAUUGAUGAGAUCAAGGAGGUACGACGCGGGCCACGGAUGUCCUCUCCUGAAAGGUGGGAGUUGAAACAGAUGAUGGCGGCCAAUGUUAUUGAUAAAUCUGAGCUACCUGACUUUGAUGAGGAGACAGGACUGUUACCACAGAUAGAAGAUGAUUCUGAUGAGGACCUAGAGGUGGAGCUGGUGGAAGAAGAGCCUGCCUUCCUGAAGGGGUAUGGACGCACCAGUAACCUGGACCUUAGUCCUGUGAAGAUUAUGAAGAACCCUGACGGCUCUCUGGCACAGUCCGCCAUGAUGCAGUCUGCUCUUCAGAAAGAGAGGAGGGAAAUCAAGCAGCAGCAGAGGGAGGAAGAGAUGACAAAGGCCAAUCCUGAUGAAGUUAGCAGGAGCUUUGCCGACCCUAUGGCUGGAAUUGAGGGGCGCCAGCUGACGGCAAACAUGCGUGGUCCAGGUGGCAGCACCACUGACCUCCCGGAGUGGAAGAAACACAUCAGCGGCGGUGUGAAGGCAUCUUACGGGAAGAAAGAGAAGAAGAGUAUUCUAGAGCAGAGACAGGGGCUGCCUAUCUAUAAACUGAAGAAUGAACUGAUCAAG